GGAUUGCUAAGCUUAGUCCAAACGAUUUAAAUAAAGGCGACUAGCUUAGAAUAUGCUUCACACGCAUCUCGAACUCUAGCCAGUUAAGUCAUUUCUUCAAUCAUGUUGCGAUUUACCGUCCCUCUGGUUCUAGCCUUAGCCGUCGUUUGUUUGGCAGCACCGAAAGACGAAAUCAAGAACAAGGGUGCUGAAGCGGCUAAGAAAUGCUACCAGAAACUUUCAAUCCCGGAAGAUUCUGACAUUUUCCAGCGAGUGUUCGCCUUCGGAAAUAUUGACGGUUCUGACGAAUUGAUCAAGAAAUUCAUCGCAUGCGUGCAUCACAAUUUCGGCUGGGUUAACGAGGCCGGAGACUACGAUCGGCAGAAGAUUAUUGACUUUUUCACCGAGGCCUACGGCGAGGAGAAGACCAUCAAGACGGCCGAUACCUGCCUGCCGGCCCAGGGAGCCACACCGGAGGAGAAGGCCUUCAAUUUGUACCAGUGCUCGUUCCGGACCCGGGGAAAUAUGUAAACUUGCUUCAAUAGUGAUACCGAAUGAUUUGGAACUGAUUCGUUGUUUUGUUUAAUAAACCUUGUUGAGUAUUCUGUAAA